CAUACUCUCUGUCUGUAAUCAUUUUACACCAGGGGUUCCCAUUCUCGAAUUAGUUUGUUAGCAUUACUUUACCUAUAAACUGGAGGUUUGUCAAGCAGUUCGACCCUCCCUUUUCCUGCGAAGCCUAACUAGCUAACGCUGACUAUCAUGUGAUGCAAUUUCUCGGCGUGAACUGGAAGCCUGUUGGACGGUCAUGGCCGCACUGGUAUAUUUGGGCGAACGAUCGCAGAUGUAUGGUCGCGACUCAAACUUCACAGAAGUCAUCAACCAGAGGAUGAGGGUGCCAGAGAGGCUGCGAGUGGGACACGGUAUACUACCUGACGAGCUGAACCAAACGUCUGAGGAUCCCCCUACAGUAUACAGCAUGCACGUACCAGACAGACUGGCUUUAACAGGUGUCAGCACUUGCAGGGAGGCAUUUAAAAAUGCUCCUGACUUGAGUCCGCAGCCCCUCUUCUCCAAACAAAGCAUUACAGGCCAUGACUUGUCAUCAUGGGACCUGCAAAUUGUACAGCAUGGAGCCUGGCAUAGGGAGGUUCAGAGCCCACUACGGAGGUCAUACAGUGACCAGGCCUUUGGUAAAACUCCACCUAGAACCCCCACACAGCCCAGACAAGCAGUGCAUUCUUCUUCUUUGCGAAGUGUUGGAAGGGCGUCAACUGCACACUCAGAUACUCCCCUGGCCACACCCCUUGGGUUUCCUGCCGUUCCACAGAGCCUCCUGUCCCCCCAGAGUGUGCUGCAGGUGGCUAGGCAGCUGGGCCAGCAGGCCUCACAGAGAAUCCUCCACACUGUCAGUCAGAAAUACUCCUCCAGGUUCAGUUCCCCUGACAGCCCUCCACGUCAGCCAGCUGAGGUCCACUCUGACCGGGCCCAGAAAAGUGCCAUGCAGGAGUCUUGCCUGGGUCCUGAGGGGGAGGCCGGAACCGCUGUCGAGUUCAUCGUGCUUCGAAGACAGGUAGUGAAGAUGAGCAGGCGGAUAGUGGCACUGGAGAGACAUAAUGCUGAACGUAGGCAGACUGAACUGGUGCUCUUUUCCCUGCUGGUGUCUGCGUGCCUGUUUAAUGGCUGGCUGUGGAUACGCAGAUAACCCCACGAAGCUUUCUGGGCAUUGAGCCACGCCCCCAUGGUCUGUUCAAACAAACCUAAUAGAACACAUCCGCUACCAGCUAUUAAACCAUGAACUUCGUUAGGACAUAAAGGGCUUGGUUGCGUGCUGUGUUUGAGGCAGAAGACACCAAGAUGUUGUAAGGCAUUUCUGUCACUAACCACUGUAAAAGCAUGAAUUUAAAAAUGUGUAUUUAAAAAAUACAAUGGGCAAAUUAGUCACUUGCAUAGAAAAUGUUCUAUAAUAGUUGUGACAUCAAAAUAUCUGAAUAUGGUCCAACUAUUCAGAAGCCAUGGUUGUAUUAUUGUUCUACAAAAUCUGGAACAUACAUCAGAUCUUGCCUGUUUCAAAAAGAAGUCUUUUAAAACAUAAUGCAUGAAGUUUACCUUUUAUUUAUUUGCCCCUUUCCCCCCAUAGUGACUUGUUGGACACUUUUUUGUAAUAUAGCAUAAUACCUUUACUCUUAUAAAGUAGGAUUCUAGACUCUGAAGUUGGUACAUUCCUAUCUGCCACGCAGUCAGAAAAAUGAGACAAUUGCUCAGUAUAUUUAUUUAUUGAAAAAUUAAAUUAAAUUAAAUUUUAUCAAGGAAAAAAAUGUUACUUGGAACGUAUUCAGGAGUAUAAACCAAAUAAAGUCAAAUUGCAAAGGAAAACUUUGAGAUGAAUUUUGUAAAACAAAAUAUAUUUGAUUAAAGAGAAUAUAAUUUCAUUAAAAAA